AUGAAGAAUUUUUCAUUUCCUAUGCAGGAUAGCACACAUCAGACUGAAAGUCCUUCUACUCACAGAUUCCUGAGUUUGACAAAUAAGUCAGAUCCUGUUGGAAGACCAGAAAGAGAUGAGCAAUUAGCUCAAGUAGAGAUUGCUGUACUGGGGGUGAUAUUUCUGACAGCGUCUGUGGGCAAUUUUAUUCUCAUUUUGGUGCUGUGGAGAAGAAGAAAGAAGCUCUCUAGGAUGUAUGUAUUCAUGCUUCACCUCAGCGUAGCUGACUUAGUGGUAGCCUUUUUUCAAGUACUGCCUCAGCUUAUAUGGGAUAUUACAGAUGUUUUCAUAGGGCCAGAUUUCUUGUGCAGAAUUAUCAAGUAUCUACAAUUGCUGGGCAUGUUUGCCUCCACUUACAUGAUAGUGGUCAUGACAGUGGACAGAUAUCAAGCAGUUUGCUACCCUAUGGUCACUUUCCAAAAGAAGAGAGCUCUGUGGAACAUUCCCAUUUGCACCAGCUGGUCUAUAUCCUUGAUUCUUAGCCUACCACAGGUAUUUAUCUUUUCUAAGACUGAAAUAUCUCCAGGUAUCUUUGAAUGUUGGGCUGAAUUUAUUCAACCGUGGGGCCCUAGGGCAUACGUGACUUGGAUUUUUGUAGUUAUAUUCUUCAUUCCCUCAGCCGUCCUUAUCACAUGCCAGGUUAAGAUCUGCAAAAUAAUCAAAAGAAAUAUAUAUGUGAAAAAACAGAAUGAAUAUGAAGUAACAAAUCAGAAGCAAGUCCUGCCAUCCCGAGCAAGCAGUGUGAACUGUAUUUCAAAGGCUAUGAUCAAGACUGUAAAAAUGACAGUGGUGACGGUUGUUGCAUAUGUUCUCUGCUGGUCACCUUUCUUCAUUGCACAGCUGUGGUCUGUGUGGUUCCCAAGUGUCAUUACUGAAGGUUCAGCAUUCACCAUUAUCAUGCUUCUUGGCAAUUUAAAUAGUUGUACCAACCCAUGGAUUUACAUGUAUUUUUGUGGCCACAUCCCAUAUUGCACAAAUAAGCAGCUGGAGAACACCUCAGCUCAAGAAGAGUCGGUGAUCACAGGAAGCAUUCAUCUUGUAGACAGAGACCCUGAGGAAAACAUUACUUCUGCAUAAAUGUUGAACGCUUUUUCUUGUUUUGUUACAUUUGCCAUGUUUGCAGGACAUAUCAAUAUUUUACCAUCGUAUCUUGUUUUGUGGAUAAGGAAGCUGGAAAAUUGCCUUUUGUUGUAUAAAUAUAUUUUUCUGCAGUUCUGUAGCAUAUGCAGAAGUUUCUGUGUUGUGCAAACUUGAAUCAAUACUUCCAUCACCACUGUGUUAUCAAAAUGAAUUCUUGUAAAGACUGGCAAAGAUACAUAAAGUAUCUCAGAUAUUUCAUGUCAUAAACUACUUCUGUGAUUCUGGAUUUCUAAGUAACAAUUUUCUAUAACUUAACGCAACAAAUUGAGACAUAGUUGGAAAGGAAUCUGACAUAAUUAGACUUGAAUAUGUUUUUAAAUUGAAUUGUUUGUGAUUCUAACGUGAUUGGGGGACAGCUUGACAAAUCUUGAGAAAUAAGCAGAAAGUCCUUUUUUUUUUUUUUGGCCAGCUGUAAUUAAUACCUGUUUUUAUUAACUCCUUAUAUACAUGUAUAAAAUUCUGAGCAGCUUACAGUCCUUUUAUAAAAAAGAAUUCAGUUUCCUUGUGACACUGACAACCUACUUCAGUGUCUGAUACUGUUGUGAAUCACAGAAGGUCAGCAGCACAGUGAUGUUCCAGGUUUGUGGCUUCCUAUUACAAAGCCGUCAACACGGGAUUUGAUCUCCCACGCAUUUCUUGAUGUGCAAGCAGUUAGCUGAAACUCUCCACACAUAUAAACAUGUAUACAUGCCUCAAAUAAAAAUAAGCACUAGGAGUGUACACUCCCAUUUGGCAUUCUGCGUAUUUUUACGCAGGUUGUAUUCAGACCUAUUUGUUCUGGCCUGUGGUUUAUUGACAGAAUGUGCUCAGAACCCCUUCAGGUUCUAAUUCAAUCAUUUCACCUUUGUGGUAAAAAUAAAUCUGCAUAUCUUUAUUUCAAAA